UCAAUAACUUGACGUGUUGUUGGAGUGAGUGGAGUGAACAAGGAUAAGAUCAGUGUUCACACGUUUCUGUAGGUAAACAAACAUUGGACAUAGACAUAGAUCGAAACGGAAAAAUCGACGGUUUUUCCGGCUCGCGGAUUUUCCUCGUGGGAAAUCAGUUACCACCGACAGUCGGUCUAGGCUGGUUGUCGAGACCUGAGUAAUCUCUCGUUCAGUCCUGAAUCCAUAAUAAUAAAAACGUAAACAACUGCUAUCCUAGAUCAGCUGAGAGAUAGCUCCCGCGCAAGCCCUCCCUACACUGCUACGACGCUGGUGGGGACUGAAACAGCUGAGCUAAGGCUACAUACGAACACAACACAAACACAACCAGCUCCAAGUGUCAGUUGCGUUGUUGAUUCGCGAGCUAUUCGUAUGAAUUAGUGGAUUAAAUAUACGGUUCAAUUGAAUAAGACACAAAAAGUCGAGUGACUGUGUUUCAGUGGAGAUUUUUCUCUAACAGUUAUGGUGCCCCAACAAAAUAUGGAUGCAUCGAACUCGAACAACAGCAAUAACGUCGUUUUUGGAUCCCAAUUAGUCGACAAAAAUUCGGCCACCCCCUACUCUGAUGCCACUCAGACCAAGAAAAACAACCCGAACCACAUCAAGAGACCGAUGAACGCGUUCAUGGUGUGGUCGCAGAUAGAACGUAGGAAGAUCUGCGAAGUCUCCCCAGACAUGCACAACGCCGAAAUAUCCAAGAAACUGGGUCGCCGUUGGAAGCUGCUCAACGACGAGGAAAGGCAUCCCUUCAUCGAAGAAGCGGAGAGGUUGAGACAGCUCCACCAGCAAGAAUAUCCAGACUACAAGUAUCGUCCGAGAAAGAAACAGACCAAACCGUCGCCCAAAUCAUCCGUCACCAAAAAGACAUCGAGAAAGAACUCAAAAGCCAACAGGAACGACACGAAUAACAACAGUUCGGGCUUCAAAGAACGCAUAUACAACAGGAGAUCCAACCUGCCGGACACGGUGGUCUCCAAGUUGAAGGUCAGGUUGAGCGCCGGGGAAUCACAGAGGAUUUUGAGUCCGCCACCGAUGACGUCAGUCAAUCAGGACAUGAGACCACUGCCUCCCAUCAGUUUCAUGGCCAAGGUGCCUACCAGUCCGUCUUGCGAUACUCCAGAUUCCCCUGAAAGUGCCACAAUCUACGACGAUACCUUCGCGCCCUUACAUUCUUGCCUGGUCAAAGAGGAACCAGAGGACAGGCUCGGCCAACAACACACCACAACGUUGGACGACCUAGACAAAAUCGACGAUCUGCUACAGAUAGACGGCAUCAAUCUGGAGGCCCUGGCAGACAUCGAAGGCCUGGACACAGCGUCGAACAGUUCAGGAUCUCACCUAGAUUUCACAUGUCCCCAAGAUAUUCCAAUAUUCUCCACCCUAGUCGGUAGUCACUGGAAUACGAACAUGUUCGAUUGUUGAAGAGAGACCUCAAGACUGUUAAUGGCCCAGUUUUUCACAACCAUUUUGUAGACCGUCGUGUCGCACCGCGUGCAGUCCAAGUCCGAUGCAACAUUGGCAAUUUGAACCUCAAGUUCCAAAUGUUAUCGAGAAAUAUAUUUUUUGCUAGUCGCACUUGUAACUUGAGAUUUUUACGACGAAUUACGAAUUGAAGAAGUGAUAAUUCCGAUCAUACGGAAGUUUUUGCAAUACGAUGUUAACUGUGGAAUUGUUGAUGUAGCUUCACAUUGUGAUACAUUCUGAUUUAUGCAGGCUGUUGGGGAAGCAUCGGAUGUGUAUUCUAUAUAUUACCUAAUGAUAUAUAUUUUAUUGUAUUAUGAUCUCAUUUUGUUUAUUUUUCGUAUUUAUCGAUUCAUUUUAGUCAACAUAAUAUGCGUAUUCAGAGCAAGAUUCUUAGUGCCUAGCUCGAAACAAAAAUAUGUCGAGAUAAAUCUUCGACAAAUCCCUUCAGAUUUCCGCCUGAGGCAAAACAGUGGCGGAACACAAAGUCAGGCUGUGAUCCAUCUAUUUCGAUGACCAAUGCUUUAGUUGACAUGAAAUCAUUGUUUGCUGCACCUUCACCAGUUCUGUCCGGUUCAGUAACAAGAUGAGGCGGUGGUUUUUAAAGUUUAAACUUUCCAAACCGCGGAGUUUUUUGGAAUUGUUGUUUAAGGUACGAUUCGUAGAUCGUGCAUGCCAGUUUUCGUCUCACUGCCGAUUUCAGUGGAGGAUCGAGAAUCCUUCAGGAUUUCUGAACCAGAUCCAUUGAUCCUGAAGGGUUCUGGAAACUCCAACCCCUUUCGUUACCUCCUAUGAGUUUACUGCGUAAAUAUAACUUCUGUUAUCCACAAAAUUCCUGUAAUAUUGGUAUUUCCCUUUCUCUUAUUUGAUCAUUCGAAAAGCUUAAUUGAUUAUCUCGGUUUCAAAGUUCCAAGUCCAUCUGGGAAUAGCGAAGAAAAUGGAAGUAUCUGCUAAAAAUGUUUCAGAUAAAUGUGGCACACGAAAAUUGCCUGUUUCUUCAUUCGAACCGUGUCCGAGCAAACCUUUCAAUAAAUAAAGAUUUGUAUUCAUUCACGCACAAUCUAGAACCCUAGAACUUUAUCUGGGAAAUAUACAGAUAGGAUGCAUACGACAUCGAUAUCCUUUUAUACACACAUUCGGCAGAGUCAGCAGUGCCAACGGCUAUCCAAGAAAGUCCCCUGAAACUUUUAGUCAGCUAAUAUUAACGAAGAUCACCGAUUUCGUUUCUGUCCCUUUUCCGACGAAAACACGAGGCUCUGAUAAUGCCCCAUUCCGAUAUCGCCAACCCCAUUUAUUUGUAAGUUUGUUCAGAGAAAGAAACAGGGAUCAUUAUGUAGGGAGAUUUUUUUCAGGUCCAUUUCCUUUGUUACCCGAGAAGAUAAUUCUGCUGAAAUACCUCAAAACUCUAAAUUCACAAACAACGAAUGAUUCGAAUUAUUGAAGAACGAUUUCCAAACUACAUAAUCUUUCAUAUACGAGCAGACUGCUGAUUCUGAUUCGUGCUAGACUUUGUCCAUAUUAUAUAUAUCUAUACAUAUUAUUUUUAUAAAUAUAUAUCAAUAUCCGGACGUUGAGUAACUGGCUAACGAUGUGUUCAACAUUAAGUACAAAUUAAACUGGAUCAAUUCAACUAUUCUCGUGCUUUCAAGUUCACAUUAGCGGUUUACCAUUUGAACUACGUUACUCAGUACUCCGAACGUCAUAUACAUGUGCUUUCACUGUCCUAGGAUUAUUCUGUAAGACUAUUGUUUAAUAAUCGUUAGAUCGAACUGUCCGUAAUCUAUUUAAGAGUUUUCGAAUUUAAAAUUUUAUAAGAGGCAUGCUAAAUAUUUGUACCCGAUGUUCAAGCACCGAGUUUAAGCAGAGUCUGGAGAUUUUUAAAAAGGUACAAUCAAAGUUUGGUAAAGUGGAGGCCUCUAACGCAGUUGUGAUAUCAUUCAACUUGAGUCACCUCCAUAUCUCUGUAUAAACGAACGUGUAUCAUGUAUAUAUUGUAUGAAAUUGCUCAUGGGGAAUGCUCAUAACUAGGGUAUAGACUACCCUUAAGAUGCGCAAUAAUGGGUCUUGAAAUUUGUCGUGGAACCUUGUGGCGAUUUUUCAACAGACAUUUUAUCCCACAUUUCACGAAGUUUCAAGGGGUGUUUCGACGUUUUGUUGACCUGGGGGGAUCAACUUUGAGAGAUUACAAACUUAGCAAUAUUUUUGCAUUUUUCUCGAUGUACCAUAAAUCAUGCAUUUUUAAGUCCCAUGUAUUAUAUUAUCCCUAUAAUGAAGUUAUUAUAUAGUGUGUAAAUUUUGUAUUGUAGUUGCUGUUAUACUUCAUGACAUAUUAUUUAGUCAAUAAAAGAUUUUUUCAAUUAAA